GGCCGGGCACUCGCAGCCGGGGCAGGCCGAGUGCGGAUCUCAGUGGAGCAGCUGGUGGAGCGGCAGGAGCCCCGGGAAGCGCUGGCGGCCUGACAGACCCCCCCCCCCUUCCCCGUCCGCACCCUCACUGCUUUCUCCCCUCUCGCGGGGGCUGCGGCGGCGACAGCGACAGCCAGCCCCGGAGCUGCGGGCCGCGCCUCCGCCCGCGUCGCUGGAUGCUCUGGGGUUCGGUCCCUGAGCGGGGCCGCGGCGCCGGCAGCCCCCGCUGUGGCGGGGCCAUGGGGCCGGGCAGCGGCAGGGCACGGAGCCCCCUUUCCCGCUGAGAAGGYCCCUCGUCCCCGCGCCGAUGCCGCGCUGUCCCCUCACACCCGGCCCCUGAGACGCCCCCCUUUCCCCUCCCCAUGCCCGACGGAGCCCCUCGCCUCGGUGACGCCCUGCAGCAGCCCCGCCGGCCCGGGGGUCUGCGGCGGUAUGAGAGGAGCUGCCCCCGCCGCCGGGGGCAGCCAGGACCGGGGCAGGCUCCCACCCCGCCGCCGGCUGCCGUGAGGCGGCUGUAGCUGGAGGAAGAGCCCCUUUGUUUUCCCUCCGUCCUUCCCGGGGGCUUCAUGCCCCGCUGAGGGAUGAUGGAGGUGGUGGGGGACUUUGAGUACAGCAAGAAGGACCUGAUAGGACACGGAGCCUUUGCUGUGGUCUUCAAAGGUCGCCACCGCAAGAAAACUGAUUGGGAAGUAGCCAUAAAGAGUAUUAACAAAAAGAACUUGUCGAAGUCACAAAUCCUUCUUGGAAAAGAAAUAAAAAUCUUAAAGGAACUUCAGCAUGAGAACAUUGUAGCUCUUUAUGAUGUCCAGGAAAUGCCCAAUUCUGUCUUUUUGGUCAUGGAGUACUGCAAUGGUGGGGACUUGGCAGAUUACUUACAAGCUAAGGGGACUCUSAGUGAGGACACCAUCCGAGUGUUCCUGCAGCAGAUUGCAGCAGCCAUGCGCAUCCUGCACAGCAAAGGCAUCAUCCACAGGGAUCUCAAACCYCAGAACAUUUUGUUGUCCUAUGUCAGCCGGAGGAAAUCCAGUGUCAGUGGCAUACGCAUCAAAAUAGCUGACUUUGGGUUUGCUCGUUAUCUGCACAGCAACAUGAUGGCUGCAACUCUGUGUGGUUCCCCCAUGUACAUGGCCCCUGAAGUGAUUAUGUCUCAACACUAYGAUGCUAAAGCAGACCUGUGGAGCAUAGGAACUGUGAUUUAUCAGUGUCUUGUUGGAAAACCACCUUUUCAGGCCAAUAGUCCUCAAGAUUUGAGAAUGUUUUAUGAAAAGAACAGGAAUUUGAUUCCUAGCAUUCCUAGGGAAACAUCAGCUUACCUGGCUGAUCUGCUGUUGGGUUUGCUUCAGAGAAACCAAAAAGACAGAAUGGACUUUGAAGCAUUUUUCAACCACCCUUUCCUGGAUCAUGUCUCAACAGUCAAAAAAUCUUGUCCUGUACCAGUGCCCACGUACCCAGGCUCAGUCUCUGGCAGUUCCUGUGGUAGCUCUCCUUGUCGCUUUGCUUCUCCUCCAUCUCUGCCAGACAUGCAGCACAUUCAAGAAGAAAAUUUGUCUUCCCCUCCACUGGGUCCUCCUAACUAUCUUCAAGUCUCUAAAGACUCUGCCAGUACCAGUAGCAAGAACUCCUCUUGUGACACAGAUGACUUUGUUCUUGUCCCACACAAUAUCUCUUCAGACCACUCGUAUGAUAUGCCUUUGGGAGCAGCUGGCAGGCGGGCUUCCAGCGAGUUCUUGAUGUGUGGAGGGCAGUCACCAUUAACUAUUUCUGGAAGCUCAGGAAMUGUACAGAAACCAUCCUCAGCCUCUUCUCGAAGUGCUGCUUCUGGUACAGCCAACAGGCACUGUCAGCCUUCUGUGUCCCCCCGCAGCGAGACGGCGCCGAUCCCGGUUCCCACCCAGCUACGGAAUUACCAGCGCAUAGAACAGAACCUCUCCUCCACUGCCAGCCCCGUGUCAAACCCCCACGGAUCACCCAGAGCUGGAGUUGUGAGACGCUCCAACACCAGCCCAAUGGGUUUCAUGAAGAUGGGCUCGUGCUCCCCAGUGCCAGCUGACACUGCCCAGGGUGUUGGGCGCAGGCUGUCCACAGGAUCUUCCAGACCAUAUUCUCCUUCACCACUAGUUGGAACCAUACCUGAGCAGCUUGGGCACUGUUGUUGUGGACAACUCCAAGGACAUGAAUCAAGGAGUAGAAACUUCUCAGGUUCUCCAAUACCACCAUCUCAGUCUCCGCAGUCACUUCUGAUGGGAGCGAGGUUGCAGAGUGCUCCUACUCUGACCGAUAUCUACCAAAACAAGCAGAAGCUCAGAAAGCAGCAUUCAGACCCAGUCUGCCCAUCCUAUGCUGGGUAUGGAUACAGCCAUUCUCCACAGCCAAGCAGGCCAGGUAGCCUGGGAACAUCUCCUACCAAGCACAUGGGAUCCUCACCCAGGAGCUCAGACUGGCUCUUCAAAACCCCACUGCCAACCAUCAUCGGCUCUCCCACUAAGGCAACAGCUCCUUUCAAAAUACCUAAAACUCAAGCGUCCUCCAACUUGUUGGCCCUGGCGAAUCGCCAGGGCUUGGCUGAAACCCCGCUGCAGCCUAAAGAUAUCACUGACCCGAGGGACUUCACACACUUCCACUCCACYCAGGCAGCUGACAAACAGGCAGGAGAGCAGCACAGCAAAACCACCUUUGGCAGAUCUGUUAGUACUGGGAAGCUGUCAGAUCAACAGGUAAAGACCACCCUUGGGGGCCAGUUAUACCAAGGCAGCACAGACAGCCUCAACACAGAGAGGCCAAUGGACACAGCUCCAGCAGGAGCCUAUGGAAUAGCGAUGGCAACUCCAUCCAUGGCAAGUGGGGCAAGUUCUCGRGCUGUCAUGUUCACUGUGGGGUCCCCUCCAAGCAGUGCCACCCCUCCUACCUGCACCCACAUGGUCCUCAGAACAAGAACCACCUCAGUUGGAUCCAACAGUUCUGGAGGGUCCCUCUGCUCCACCAGUGGCCGUGUUUAUAUGGGCUCUCCUCCCGGUAUUUACAUGGGCUCCUCUCCUCCCGGGGCUGAGGCAGCCCCGAGCCUGAAGUACAUCCCCUAUGGUACUUCACCUCCCAGCCUGGAGGGCUUUAUCACUUUUGAAGCUCCAGAAUUGCCUGAGGAAACUUUAAUGGAGAGAGAGCACACAGACACCCUGCGCCACCUAAACAUGAUGCUGACAUUCACAGAGUGUGUUCUGGAUCUGACAGCAGUGAGAGGAGGAAACCCAGACCUGUGCACUUCUGCUGUGUCACUGUACCAAAUCCAGGAGAGCAUAGUUGUGGAUCAGAUCAGCCAGCUCAGCAAAGAAUGGGGACAAGUGGAGCAGCUGGUGUUGUACAUGAAAGCUGCCCAGUUACUGGCAUCUUCUCUGCACCUUGCCAAAGCACAGGUCAAAUCUGGGAAACUGAACCCAUCCACUGCUGUUAAGCAAGUUGUGAAAAACCUCAACGAGAGAUACAAAUUCUGCAUUGGGAUGUGCAAAAAAUUGACAGAAAAGCUGAAUCGUUUCUUUUCGGACAAGCAGAGGUUCAUUGAUGAAAUCAACAGUGUAACUGCAGAGAAACUCAUCUACAGCUGUGCUGUGGAAAUGGUGCAGUCAGCAGCUCUGGAUGAGAUGUUCCAGCAAACUGAAGAUAUCACAUAUCGAUACCACAAGGCAGCCCUGCUGCUGGAAGGACUGACUAAAAUCCUGCAAGACCCUGCAGAUAUAGAAAAUGUACACAAGUAUAAAUCCAGCAUCGAGCGAAGGCUUUCUGCACUCUGCUACAGCACAGUGGCUGUGUAUGAGCAGUAGGAAUAUCCUGAGGACCAGAUGGUGUGAACAUAAGGGACCACAUCAGUGAUACUGCACUUUUUUCACUACAGCUUA